AUGGACUUCCCUGCUGUUUUGCUUAGAUGGGAUGAUGCGGAAUCUUCUUCGCCCUCUCCAAAUCCGGCAAAACAUCUUUCUGUUACCGGGAAGGCUGGGAUCGGGAUUGGAGUGACAAUGGGAGUUCUACUCGGGUUUCUUAUUGGCUUUUCCCUCUUCUACUUCAAACGAAGGCGGACGCACGUGGCAGCGAGAGAUCAAGAACCCUCUCAAGAACAUCAGUUGCUUCACGAUGGUCAUUCUGGUUCGAUUCAAAAAAGCGCUCAUUCCUCCUCAGCUCAUCACCAUCACUGGAGCUCAGUACUCUUCGACUCAUGGUUUUAUGAAAGCAUUGCUAUCUGCUUCAGCAUCGCUUCCUUCAUAGCGAUAUUUUGCACACUGCUGGUAUAUAAUCAGCAGAAGACUCCAAAGCUCCCCAGCGGACUAACACUGAACACUAUUGUUUCGAUAUUAGCGACCUGCUCAAAGUCUUCCUUGCUCUACAUUGUUGGAGAGUGCAUUGGCCAGCUCCGAUGGAUUUCCUUUGGAAAGUACUCAAAACCACUCUCGGAUGUUCAGGCAUAUGAUAGUGCUAGCCGUGGACCAUGGGGCUCUUUGAUCAUGCUCCUGAAAGAUAAGGGAUACUCCCUUGCCAGCCUUGGAGCGCUUGUGACCGUUUUGGGCCUUCUAUUUGACCCUUUUGUUCAACAAAUCCUAACAUAUCCUGUUAGAGAAGUGACACAAAAUUCAUCCGCCGCAAGCAUUCAGCAAUCUCGCUACAUAAUUCCCGAUCCCACUCUUGGUUCCGGUAUGUCUACUGGGUUCUUUGAUGCUGCUAACGCUGGAAUCUGGACGGAUAAUUUCGACCUUGAACCAAAAUGCCCCUCUGGUGAUUGCACAUGGCCAUUAUUUCAAUCGGUUGAGUUGUGCACUAAAUGCCAGGAUGUCACUCCAAGCGCAAAGAUACAAGGCUGUCAAACCUCAUCCUUCAACAUGAGCUCCCGACAGGACCAAACUAUAUCUUGCAAUAUUUCAUUGCCACAACUCUCCCCCUACGAAGGAAGUAUCUCUUUGAGCUACGAGACAAUGCAAGGUAUAAAGCCUAUCACAGAGAUGGUCAUUCCAGAGAAGGUUGCCUGGGUGGGUCAUAGUCUGCCUUUGGUCCAGACACUUUCCAACAAAACCAUAGGUGGGGUGGAGAACCCACUCCUUGUUAUCGCACAAGCCGAAUUCAGCUUGCCAGCUUCAGAACUGGUCGAAUCACCGGGCAAACAAUUCUUUCCAGGAACCAACCUUGGGCUCAGAAAUGUCACAGAAUGUGUACUCUCUCUUUGUAGCAGAACUUAUAACGUGUCUGUUUCGAGCGGCCAGUCGUCAAUUCGGGUCGAAAAAGAGGAUUUUGGAAACUUCUACUUCAAGCCCCUCAAUGGCACCACAUGCUGGAAGCCAAGCUCCAGUCCCUAUAUGAACUCGACAAGCGAGUAUGCUUUAGUAGAUUACUCGUAUAGGGUGGACACAGAUAAUUUCGCAUUCUGUGGUGCACAUGCCAGUGUGUAUCAAGAUGCUCUCCCCUUUCCAGGAGAAAAAGCAUGGACAUUCUCCGAUACUACCCCUUAUUGGAUUCUUGAGACGACGGAAAAUAUCACGUCUUCUGAGAUCAAGAAAGUCUUUGAGUCCGGUCUCGAGACAACUUUGAGCAAUAUAGCAGCUGCAAUUUCAAAAUAUGCCCGGGACAUGAGUGGUAUAACUGUGUCCGGCCAGGUCACCACUAGCGAGUCAUACGUCUCUGUUCAUUGGCCCUGGCUGAUUCUUCCUGCCUUGUUGCUCUUGCUUGGAGUUGUUUUGCUGGUCUCAACUGGAACUCUUAACAGACGCCGGAAGACCAGUUUAUGGAAGUCUUCUGUUCUCCCUUUGAUUUAUCAUGGGCUGGAGAAAGUUUCGUUUGACGGAUGGGAUGGUUAUGAGUCUAUGAGCAAGAUGGAAUCAUCUGCGAGCGAGACAAGAGUCAAGCUGGGGCUGCCAGAUACGGAGAACAGAUUGAUGCUCAUAGAAGAUGUGAGGAGGCCUGGUAUCUCUACCACAGGAAGCUCCGUCAGUAAUUUUGACGCCAAGAGCACUGCUCAUGCUGUGACAGAACGACAGAGGAUAACACGACGUUACUCGUCUGUCUGGUAA